AUGUUGUGUGGAUAUCAUCGUUAUGGUUUCUUUGAGCAACAUACAAGGUCAAACUUCACACUUUUCCCAAAGAAGUGUUUCAUUAUGCAAAGUUUCUUUAUUGUUCGAACCAGGAUACUAAAGCAAAAAGAGUCACCUUUGUUUUGUAUGUAUGCUGAAGGAAAACUUGGAAAAUUAAGCCAGUUCCAUAUGAAAACUUAUCAUCUAUCAAGCAGAAUCAUAUCAUUGCAUGGAGAUAUGGAGUCAAACCCUGGCCCUUCAAAUCAGUAUUACAAUCAAGUACCUUUUACAUCAGCCACAAAUUUGUUUUCUCUAUUAGAAAGCAGAUUAUCUCAGUUCGGCAGAAUAGCACUUGAUGUUGGAGGAGAUGGUGAUUGCUUUUUCAGGGCUGUAUCACAUCAACUCUAUGGCAAUCCCAAUAAUCAUUUUCACGUACGCAGUGUUGGCAUUCAGUAUUUAGUGCAUCACCCUGAGCAAUUUAUAAAGAGUAACACUGAGCAUUCUUGGCAAGGUUAUUUGGAAAGAUUGUCAUGUCAAGGAACAUGGGCUGAUGCAGUUAUAAUUCAAGCUGUUGCCAAUUGUCUUAAUUUAUCAAUGCAUAUUGCUGAAUCAAAUCCAACUUUUUCUCCUGUUACUGUUGUUGAACCAAUGAAUGCAGAUGGCCUAAGUAUUUACAUUGGGCACUCAGAUGAAAUUCAUUAUGUUUCCAUAUUUGAAAGUAGAACUUUGGAAACAACAGCAAAUGUGCAUAAAAUGCAGAUUAAAACAAUCCAGUUGACCACAAUAAGAAACGUAAAACUUACAUAAAAGCCUACAUGAGGGAAUACAUGAAAGAAGAGCUGAUGAGAAGUUUAGAAAAAUUGAGAAUGGUAACGUGCUGCAAAGCAGCUGCAUUAUUAGCAAAACAACUAGGAACAAGAAAAACCAUGCUGCCAGAAAAAGAAAACUGAAUCUAGAACAUGUCAGAGAAAUUGAGGGUCACUCUUUUAGAAAAUGAAAAGCAAAGAACCCAGAGUUCAUAAUGAAAAUUAACAAACAGACUGUAAGAAAACAAAAAGCAAACAAUCCAGAGCACACAAGGGAAAUUAACAAACAGUCUGUUGAAAAACAAAAGCUGAGAACCCAGAGUACAUAAGGGAUAUGAACAAACAGUCUGUGAGAAAACAAAAUAGAAAGAACGCAGAGCACAUAAGGGAAAUUAACAAGCAGGUAGUGAGAAAAUGAAAAGCAGAGGACCUGCAGCAUAUUAAGGAAAUCAAUAAACAGACAGCAAGAAGACGAAAAGCAGAGAAUGCAGAGCACAUAAGGGAAAUUAACAAACAAGUGGCCAGAAAACAAAAACUGAAUAACCCUCAACACAUCAAAGAAGUAAAUAGAAAUUCCAAAAAAAGCAGAAACAGAUACUGA